CGGGCUGCAGCUGCAGGAGCUGAGCCUGCACAGCUGCCGGGACCUCUCCACAGAGGCUGUGGCCGCCCUUUGCCACCAGCAACCAGGCCUUACCUCCCUGGACCUCCGCGGCUGCUCAGAACUGGCUGAUGGGGCACUCUUGGCUGUGAGCCAGGGCCUGCGGUGCCUGUGGCACCUGAGCCUGAGGAAGCUGCAGCGGCUGACGGAUGCGAGAUGCUCAGCCCUAGGGGGCCUGCGGGAGCUGCAGAGCCUCGACAUGGGCGAGUGCUGCCUGGUGAGAGGGCGGGAAUUGGCCCAGGCCCUGGGCUUGGUGUGCGGAGCUCCACACCCACUGGCCUCCCUCAGCCUGGCCUACUGCUCCUCACUCAAGGAUGCCUCAGUGCUCUCCCUGAUGUCAGCGCUAAGCCCAAGCCUCAGGGUGCUAGACUUAUCCUCCUGCAUGGCCCUCACCAACCGGACCGUGCAGGCCAUCUGCACCUACCUCACCCACCUGUCAGUCCCGCGCCUGGCCUGGUGCAAGGAGCUCCGUGACCGGGGGCUUCUGGGCUUGGGGCAACCAAGUGAGGAGACUCUGCAGGGGCUGCAGCCUCCCCGAGAGCUGGGCAUCGGGCCUCCAGCCCCAAAAGGACCCUUCUCCCUGGCCACAGGUCCCGCCCCGCUCACGCUGCAGACCCUACGGGACUUGGACCUCACAGCCUGCAGCAAGCUGACUGAUGCCAGUUUGACCAAGGUGCUCCAGGUCCCCCAGCUGAGGCGACUGUCACUGAGCCUGUUGCCAGCACUCACAGACAAGGGCUUGCUGGCUGCGGCCAGAGGCUGCCCCAGCGUGGAGCGCUUGGUGCUGAGUCACUGCAGCCGCCUCAGCGACGAGGGCUGGGCCCAGGCAGCCGGCUCCCGGCCGAGGCUGCAGCACCUCCACCUGUCCAGGUGCAGUCAGCUCGCGGAGCAAACGCUGGGUUCCACCGGGCAGGCAUGCAAGCAGCUCCGGAUGGUAGAUGUGGCCAUGUGUCCUGGCAUCAGCAUGGCUUCCAUCAGGCACUUCCAAGCCCAACUGCCUGAGGUGACUUGCGUCCAGUCCCGCUUCGUGGGAGGGGCUGACCUGACCCUAACACUCUGA